AUGUGGCUCCGUGCAUUGAAGGAUGAGCAGGUGCCAGGAACCCUGCAAGUGCUUGAUCCAGAAGAUGAUUCUUUAAAGAGGGCUGGAACCUGUAAAACAUAUACUUGUGAAAAUCAGGAGUUUGCAAACAAGCAGCAACCAAUAAAUUCACCAAAUGGAAAGCUACAAGUGCUUGGACCUAAAGAGAAUGUGUUUAUCCAUGCUGCUGAAUCUACAUCACGGCCUGGCAGUUCUUCUUGUAGACGAGGAUCAGCUGGAAGGAAAUGUUCUGCAUAUGCUAAGCAGAUCUCACUGAGUACAGUAAAGCGUAUUACACCCAGCAGCAACAUUGGAGAUUAUAACGUAGCCAACCUCAAGGAUUCAAAGAAGAUAGAUCCAUCCCAAGCGAGAGGACUGCUUAGUUGCAGGUCUGACAUUUCUGCUGAUAGACAUGGAUCAGCUGGAAGGAAAUGUUCUGCAUCUACAAAGCAAAUCUCACUGUGUACAGUAAAGCGUGUUACACCCAGCAGCAACAUUGCAGAUUAUAACGAAGCCAACCUAAAGGAUUUAAAGAAGAUGGACACCAAUCCUAUGCAAAAGGAACCUGUGCCGUCAAACACUGCAACUGAUGAAGAGUCCACAGAGGUCCACUCAGCACCCAUUCAAAGCCCCAACUUAACAGAGCAGCCUCAGGAGUCUUCUAGUGAUGAUGAUGAGAGUGACAAUGAAAAGCCAUCUGCUCCAUUGGAGCUUUUAACAGAGUUCAUUAAGGCUGUAAUGGAUGAGGAUUAUAAACUGGCAUGGAAGCUUUGUCAAAUGAUACUUAUAUAUGAGCCAGAAAAUCCAGAAGCAAAAGAAUUUUCACCGCUGAUUCAGAAAAUGAUACAGAAUGAAGAAGACCAUGUCACCAAUGAUGAAGACAGUGAAGAUACUGAUGAAGAUUAUGAUAGCAGUGAUACUGACGACAGUGACAGCAACUCUACUGAGACCUCUGAGGCAUCCAGUGAAGAUGAAGCAGACGAUUAA